CUUGCACCCCAGUAACCUCACCAAUCCCUUACAUACAACUUUUAGAAAAUCAUUGAAUUUUGGUCGCCUAUUUUACGCGACAUUGUUGAUACAGACUUCAAUUCAAGCAAACCUUCCAAGCUUCUUCGGUACACACCAAAAAAAAUGUCCGGUGCCAAUAGCUGGCUGCAGAGGCAGCGAAAGACGGAUCUGACUGAGCUUGCUCAGCAUACCGGCUUAAAGAAUUAUGAAUCGUUAAAGAAAACCGAACUCGAGCUCGCACUCGACGAGUACUUGGCCGAAAACUCAUCUCAAUUUUCCUCCGAUCCCAAGCUCGCCAACUACUAUUCCAGUCGCGCCCGGACUGCUGGUUCCCCCGUGAAGAGGGACGCUCCGGAUGCUCCUGUUGAGAGAGUCAGAGCUCCUAGACGCCGAGCCACCAGAGCUCCCGAAGAGUUCUCCGCUCCUGCAGAAUCUGACGACGAGCCUGUAGGCAAUUCCUCUGCGCUUGUACGAACUCCUGGUCGCGCACUCACACUGGCGGGUCGCAUUCCGCUUCCUGCGACUCCUGCCGACGUUGCUGAAGCUGUCGACCGCUCCACCAUAGCUGUUAGAACACGCGUUAUGUCUAUGUACAAGGAGUCGGGAAUCACAGAAGCAACUCACGCGACGCGCGAGAGCUUGUCGAAUGUGACAUCUGUGCUUUUCGCCAUAUCUGCGUUUGAGAUGUACUUCUUGCGCCCAGAGAUCUUGGCUGACCGAUACGCGUUCACCAUUCCUGCUAUCGCGUUACUUGGCACCAACGACGUUCCCGUCUUCGUCCCAGACAUGUUCCUGCUACUUACAUGGUCGUUCUGGUCGCCUGCUCUCCUUUGGGCUUUCACAAGUACCAUCCUGCCUUGCAUUGCCGGCUACUUCAUCAAUUUGACUGUUGGCGCUCCCCACAAUCAUCGCGUGACUCGUAGCCGUGCUGCUCCUCCAGACACGGUUGUUGACCCGCUGACCUAUAGCAUCGUCAAAGCUUUAAUAUCCUAUGUUGUAUAUGGACAGGGCGUUACAUUUGGCGGCUGGGUAGAUGAGACGUCUAUUGCACGUAUCAACACGGCCGUGUAUGGUGGCUACAAAGGUGUUCUCACGGGAACUGCCAUCUCCGGUAUUUUCAGCAUCUACGACGCGGUGUUGAAGAAGUAGAAGACGUGGAACUGUCCGUCUCGAUCUGCCGAUAAACACGGGUAUAGCCCAUGCCCGUUCUCGGGUCUCCCCUUUCUAAGUGAUAGUUUCAACAUCAUCUCA